AUACUAUUAGCGUUCCGUCAUUCAAGAUGGACAGACGUGUAAUAAUGUGGUGGUUAAUAUUACUUUUACCUGCAGUGAUCUGUGACUAUAAGUAUGAAACAAAAUGGUUCAAAGUGCCGUUGGAUCAUUUUGGAUUUCACAGGAACGAAACGUUUAACAUUAAGUAUUUGGUGAACGAUACAUAUUGGGACAAAGGGGGCGGACCUAUAUUCUUUUACACGGGAAAUGAGGGUCAAAUCGAGGUGUUCGCAAAUCACACCGGCUUCAUGUGGGAGAUCGCAGCUGACUACAGAGCCAGGCUUGUAUUCGCUGAACACAGAUACUAUGGAGCGUCGAUGCCAUUCGGUGAUAAAUCUCUGGACAACGAACACAUCGGCUACCUGACCGCGGCUCAGGCGCUGGCAGACUACGCCGAGCUCGUCAAUUACUUACAGGGAGAUGUCUUGCAUCCAAGAUAUCCCGUUAUUGCCUUUGGAGGAUCGUAUGGUGGUAUGUUAGCUGCAUACUUCCGGAUGAAAUACCCUCACAUGGUGGCGGGUGCUAUAGCAGCCUCGGCGCCGAUCCAUAUGUACCCUGGCAUGGUGCCCUGCGAGGUGUUUGAUAGAAUCGUCACUUCAAGUUUUAAGAUCGCCAGUAGCAAGUGUGCAGAGAAUAUUAGACGAUCGUGGGCUGUCAUCAGGAAGAACGCAACGAGCAACGGUACGUGGAUCCAAAAGAACUGGAACCUCUGUGACCCUGUCAAAGACAGCAAAGACGUUGAUACUUUAGUCGAUUUCCUGAAGAUGAUCUACGAGACGCUGGCGAUGGUCAACUAUCCUUUCGCAAAUAGCUUCCUCAUGAGCUUGCCGGCGCAGCCAGUACGGGUUGCGUGUCAGUACCUUAGCGAAUCAUUAACUGAUGACUUGUUGUUACAGGCAAUUGGCAAAAUAAUUAACUUAUAUACAAAUUAUGACGGGAAGAACCCAUGUGUAAAGUACAAGGAUGGAAACAACUAUGGUAACCUCGACGCCAGCGGCUGGGACUUUCAGGCUUGUACUGAAAUGGUGAUGCCGAUGUGCACGAACGGCAAGGAUGAUAUGUUUGAGCCAAUGGCCUGGAAUUUUACUCAAUACUCGGAGGACUGCCACAAGAAGUAUAACGUGUACCCCAGAGCUGAAGGCGCCCGGAUCGAGUACGGCGGAGACCGCUUGCUCGCAGCCUCCAACAUCGUCUUCAGUAAUGGACUGCUAGACCCGUGGGCCGGAGGUGGUAUACUAAACAGCGUCAGUAGAUCGGUGACAGCGGUAGUAAUAAUUGACGCAGCGCACCAUUUGGACCUGAUGCCCAGCACACCCGACGAUCCCAGCUCUGUUCGAAUGGCACGGAACAUCCACAAACACAACAUAGACAAAUGGAUUAGAGAGUUCAGAGAAGAGCAGAAAAACAAACCGUGAUUAAUGCUACCUUAAUAAAUUUUUCGAUAUAACA